AUGGCAGCCGCUACAGCCGGUCCUUUUUCGGCUGCUGCUUGGGCCACCAUCGGGCCAAGCACAGUUGCGCUACAGCCGGCAGGAGCUUGCACUGCGGGAGAAAUGGCACCCGCUACAGCCGGUCCUUUUUCAGCUGCUGCUUGGGCUGGGCUUGACAGACAAGCAGCUGCGCUACAGCCAGCAGGAUCUGGUACAGGUGGAGAAGUGGCUGGCGUGGGAAUAGCAGCCGCUGCAACCUCGCCUUUUUCGGCUGCUGCUUGGGCUGGGCUUGAGAGACAAGCAGCUGCGCUACAGCCGGCUGGAGCUGGUACAGAGGGAGAAACGGCAGGCAGGGGAGCGGCAGCUGCUACAGCCACUCCUUUCCCUAGUGGGGCUGACACACCCACGCUACAAGGGAGGAGCAGUGAGGUCACAAAUUUUGGGCCAGGCGCGCUCACGCUACAAGGCAAUAGCAGCCAAGGCGUGGAGGCAGAGCGUGGCUCCGGGGCGUCGCUGGUUGCCACGACGUCUGAUACUGCCGCGAUUGAUGUGGUCACGGCCAAGCGCGCCGAGCGUUGCCUCCUCGGCAACACCACCCCAUGCACGCUGCGUGGGGUGGUGGCACGUCGCCAGAAAGAGCACGGUUUGUUCCUUAGCACAUCCAAAGUCACGUCUCUGGCAAUAGAUGCGCACUCACACGCCGCCAUGUUUCUCACCACCUACACGAUGAUCGCGGCUGCUUAA